AUGGUUAGGAAGUCUCUGAUUGCUGGUCUCGUGGUCCUUGUGCUGGCCACAGUGAGCCUGCUCCUCGGGUUGUUCAUGGGCCUGGGGAAGAGUCACAUGCCUUCCUCCUCGGACCACUACUACUCCAAGGCUGCUGUGGCUGCAGAUGCCGGGAAGUGUUCGGAAAUUGGGAGGGACAUCCUGAAGAAAAACGGGUCAGCCGUGGACGCUUCCAUCGCUGCCUUGCUGUGUGUCAGCCUCCUCAAUGCUCACAGCAUGGGCAUCGGAGGAGGGCUCUUCUUUGUCAUCUACAACGCUUCCACAGGGAGGGUGGAAACCAUCGAUGCGAGGGAGACUGCGCCCAUGAACGCCACUGAGGACAUGUUUGGCAACAACACCGAGCUCUCUUAUACAGGCGGAUUGUCUAUAGCCAUUCCUGGGGAGAUUCGUGGCUAUGAGAUGGCUCACAAGAGGCAUGGCAGGCUACCAUGGAAAGACCUGUUUGAACCCAGCAUCGCCCUGGCUCGUCACGGCUUCCCAAUAGGAAGAGCUUUGGCUCACGCCAUCUUCAAGAGCAGAGAGUUCAUUCAAAGGGAUGCCAACAUGUGUGAGGUGUUUUGUGACUCAGAAAAAAACAUCCUGAGGGAAAACGACAUCAUAAGAUUCCCAAAGUUGGCCGACACUUACCAAAGAAUAGCAGAGGAGGGUCCUGAUGUGUUUUAUAACGGGUCAUUGGCCUGCAGCAUCGUCAAGGACAUCCAGGCUGCAGGAGGCAUAAUCACCUUGGAUGAUUUAUCGGAGUACCAGCCCGUGCUGAAUGAAAACCCUCUGAGGCUGAACAUUGGGGAAUACACCAUGUAUGUCCCAGACGCCCCCUCCAGUGGGCCUGUGCUGGCACUCAUACUCAACAUAGUGGAUGGGUACAACUUCACCGACAAAAGUGUCUCUACAGCAGAGAAAAAGACCCUGACCUACCAUCGCAUCGUGGAGGCUUUUCGUUUCGCUUAUGCCAAGAGGAGCAAACUGGGAGACCCACGCUAUCUCAACAUCACUGACCUCAUCCACAACAUGACCUCAGACUACUUUGCUGAUGGAAUAAGAAGCAAAAUAACCGAUGACACCACCCAUCCUGACGGCUACUAUGAGCCUGUUUAUUUUGUUCCAGACAACCAUGGGACAGCUCACCUGUCCAUUAUAGCUGAGGAUGGAAGCGCCGUGGCGGUCACAAGCACCAUAAAUCAAUACUUUGGCUCCAAAGUCAUGUCUCGAUCGACUGGGAUCAUUUUUAAUGAUGAAAUGGAUGAUUUCAGCACUCCGUACAUAACCAACGGGUUUGGAGUCCCUCCUUCACCAAACAAUUUCAUCCAACCAGGCAAGAGGCCGCUGUCUUCCAUGUGUCCCACCAUCAUCUUUGACAAAGAGGACAGAGUGAAAAUGGUAGUGGGAGCCUCGGGGGGCACGAAAAUCACCACAGCCACUGCUUUAGUCAUCCUGAACUCUUUGUUCUUCAAUUACGACCUAAAGAAAGCUGUGAUGGAGCCAAGAAUUCACAAUCAGCUCAACCCAAAUAUGACCGUAGUGGAGCAGGGCUUUGAAAUGAACGUUCUGGAGGGUCUGGUCCAGAAGAACCACAUCAUGCAGCUCCAGAUGAAGCCUGACUCUGUGGUCCAGGUGGUGGUGCGCCAGGGAGAGCGUCUCAGUGCAGAGUCCGACCCCAGGAAAGGAGGCUAUCCAGCGGGAUACUGA